AUGUCGAGCUCAAUGUCCCGCCAGCUUGGCUUUGCGCUGCGAUCCGUUUCCCGAUCUGCCGUCGCCGGCUCCUCCAAACAGAGCCUCGCUUCGGUUGCUCCUCGUGCUUCCGCUUUUGCCCCUGUCUCUCGAGCGAUGAACUUCUCUACCGCACGAACCGCCUUCAACUCUGCGGAAAAGAAGAAGGAGGAAGAGACCAAGGCAUCAGGAGAGGCCAUGGGUGCUACCGACAAGGAGAGUGGCGCUGGCUCUGAGGAUCUCCAAGCACAGAUCAAGGAGAAGGAUGACAGGAUCAAGGAAUUGCAAGAGGCCAUCUUGUACGGCAAGGCUGACUACCAGAACCUUCAGCGACGAUCCAAGGACGAAAAGGCACAAGCAGGUGACUUUGCGAUUACCAAGCUUGCCAAGGACUUGACCAAUUCCCUCGACAUUCUCGGUUUGGCACUUAGGUCCGUGCCUGAGGAGUUCCGUGCGGCACCCAAGGAUCUCGACCAGAAGGACCCUCGUCGUGUUAUUUCCGACCUCUACUCUGGUAUAGAGCUCACCUCCAAGUCGUUGCUCGACAUGCUCCGCACACACGGCAUCGUCCAGUUCGACCCAACCGGCGAGAAGUUCGACCCUAAGGAGCACGAGGCGCUCUACCAGGCACCUGUACCCGGCAAGGAGCCCGGCACCGUUCUCGAAUGCAGCAAGGUCGGCUACAAGAUCAAGGACCGUCUUCUCCGUGCCGCUGAGGUCGGUGUUGUCCAGUCGUCAUAA